CAAACUGAUAGACACAUGAUGUAGGAGAAGUAAUGUGUGUAUCUGUUGGGAUAACGUAGCUGAUCAGCGAUCUCACUAAGCAAGAGGUAACGUCCUUCCUGGCGGCGACAUGUGCAUUACAUUAUUCUGAUUACCUCCAACGACGCCGCCUCAUCUAGCAUAGUUUCUUCCAUAUCAACCAGCACCGUUUCACCAAUCACUUCUUCUUCCAUAGUCACCUUCAUUUUCUCCAUAGUGACAUUCAUCAGUCGACUACCAUCACCGCAGUCACCACCACCUCAACCACCACUAAAAGGUAAAUUAAUUGGUUUAAAAAGAAAAAAAUUAUUGGUCACCGGAAAUCUAUGAUCGCCUUUCGGGAGUGAUGACGCUCAAACCAGUAGAGAGAAAAGUCAAGGUAAAUCAUGUGACCUUGUAGUGAUUAACGAUAUGAUGAUUCAACAAAUGACACUGAAAAUGGAAAUCACAAUUGGAGAAGUGAACGGUGAAAUUUAUGUACUAAGUUGUACUAUAUAUUUCUUAUCUUUGUAUCAAACAUAAUAGAAAUCAUAGUUUGUGGUAAUACAAACAUUUGUAUACAAAUUGAUAUGAAAUGUAUUCGGUCCCUAAAAACAAAACUCUAAAUCCAAAGCAAACAAUAUUUCUAUCAUAUUUGUGAAACACAUAAUAGAAAUAUAUCAUAUUCUAAAUUUAUAAUGCAUUUAUAAAAAUUGUAAAAUGAUAAAACUAUAAGUUAUGAAUAUGAUAUAUAUAUAUAGUAUAUACAAUACUAAAAUAAAAUUAAUUAUAUGAUAAAUAUUUAUAAUUUGAAAUAAAACUAUAUAGUUCAUAUAAAUUUCAUAUAUUCAUCUUAUAUGUACUUUCUAAUAUGAUAAAAUUGUAUGAAGUAUAUCUUAUAUUUGACAUUAAACUAUACAAUUCAUAUAAAUGUGAGAUUAAUAAUUUAUAUUUUUGUACGAUAAAAUUGUAUAAAAUCAUAUAUUAGCAUAAUUUUAUUAGUAAUGUUAUAAUUGUAUAUAAUCUAGUGAUUUAACUAUCAUAUGAUAUUUAAUUAAUAUAUUUGUUGUCUGUGAAAUGAGUUUAGUUGAAUAAUAUUUUUAUUUAUUUAUUUUUAAAUCAAAGUUUUUGCCUAGUUAGAUGCCUAAUGAGCAACUUCUACAAAGUAUAAUCCUAGUUGGAGUUGAAUAACAUUUGAGUAAUCAAUACAUAUUAUUUUGUCAAAUCACACUUUAUAACCAAUCAAACUAUACGUUAUUAGUUCACAUAUUUACCGUUAAUCUAAUAAAGCUGUCAACAAAACAUUCAACAGCUAUCAAACAGGACUUUAAAAGAAGGGACCUAGGCCAUAUAUAAGUAGUCAAGUAUGAUGUCCCUACUUCUCCAUUGCUACCAAAAGUUCACAUAAUAAAAAUUUCAGAAAUUAAGAAAGAGAACACCCCCAACAACACAAUAUAUCUUCUAACAUUGAUAAUAGCAAUAUUAUCACACAGCACAGCUUUGAGAUGAGCCAGCGUGUUCCAUACUGCCACAUCGAUGAUAGUCCGGCGGCCACCGUCGGCUCCACAAAAGCUGCAUAUAUCCCCAUGCUAAACUACGAGGUAGCCGAGCUGACGUGGGAAAACGGACAACUGGGGUUGAACAGCUUAGGUCCAACGCAAGUGCCUGCUCCAUCAAAGAAUUUAAGAGGCGCCGGUGGAACAUUGGAGUCGAUAGUAGACCAAGCUACUCGCUUUCCUAACCCUAAGCCCACCGAUGAGCUCGUCCCAUGGUUCCACCACCGCUCUUCCAGGGCCGGCUUGGAUGCGCUUGUCCCCGAGCAGCAGAGCCAGCCAGACACCCACGUGGACUCGUGUAGCAAUGGUCAUCCCAUGGCUGGUGGAAAACGAGCCAGAGUGGCCUCAGAGUGGAGCACCGGCGGGAGCCAAAACCUAACGUUUGAAACAUACGGUUUCACCUCAACAUCGCUGGAUGAUAAUUCCAGCUCCGGCGGGAAGCCUUGCACCAAAACCACGACCAUUUACGAUCAUGACUCCGUCUGCCACAGUCGCCGACAGAUGGAGGAAGAAGAAGAGAAGCAAGCGGGAGGAAAAUCACCAGUUCCAACUAAGAGAAGCAGAGCCGCUGCUAUUCAUAACCAAACCGAACGAAAGAGGAGAGAUAAGAUCAAUCAAAGGAUGAAGACUUUGCAGAAACUGGUUCCAAAUUCCAGCAAGACGGAUAAAGCGUCGAUGUUGGAUGAAGUGAUAGAGUACUUGAAGCAACUUCAAGCACAAGUGAGCAUGAUGUGCAGAAUGAACCUGCCUUCCAUGAUGCUUCCCAUGGCCAUGCAGCAGCAGCAACAACAACUUCAACUCUCUCUCAUGUCCAGUUCCAUGGGUUUAGGGCUUGGCAUGGGGAUGCCCGCUCUAGGUCUUCUCGACCUUAAUUCUAUGAAUCGAGCUGCUGCAACGGCUCCUAAUAUCCAUGCCAACAUGAUGCCGAACCCAUUUGUUCCCAUGACUUCUCCACCGUGGGAUGCCUCCUCUUCUACCGACACUCUAUUUCAGUCUCCUCUUACCCACGAUACUAUGCCAGCCUUUCUUUCAUGUUCCUCGCAGGUUAUACAACUCUUUGUUAUUAUAUAUAACUUGAUGCUUCAUUCUUGUCUGAAUCUAAAUAAUUUUUUUCCCAAUUGCAGCAAACGACGAUGGAAGCAUAUAGCAGGAUGGCGGCAUUAUAUCAGCAAAUGCAGCAACAGAUACCUCCUCCUUCAAGUCCAAAAUAAUUAUAUUAUCUAAGUUUAAGUCUACAUAUGUAUUGCAGAUCUUCACCAUACAUAUUCCAUUGUAUUUUAUAUGUUUAGGGCCUAUAGGCUACACAUGAACUUUAUAUGAUAUACUUUCAAAAAAGGCCUGGUUGUAAUUAUAUUUCGUCCCAAAAAUGAUAAUUAUAUUUGAGUGAAUAUGUAACAUCAAUGUAAACACAUAAACGAGCUCCAACUUUCUAAAGGAGCGUGAUUGCAGUAUAGGUACAAUAUAGAUAAAAAAAACCUUCGUUUUCAGGAUUUUAACUGGGCCACCAAGAAUAAGUAAAAAGCCAAAACGGAGGAAAAAAACGGCAUAUGCUUUGUCUGCAAAAUUCCACAAUAAUAUGCUACAAGAAACAAAAAAGGAAAGCUAAUAUUUUAUUUAUAAAAAGGUGUUGUAAAUGAUUGGGUGUCAAGUAAAUCUGGUCAGGCGUGGAUCUUCAUAGGACGGCUCAGGUGAUGCAGUUAGGCGUAAAUCUUCAUAAGACAGGUAGUAUUGUCAGUUGUCGAAUCGUCUAUGUAAUAUUUCCUAUAUCAUAAUUGUAAGAUCGUAAUAAAUCAGCGUUAAAAAAAAAAAAUGAUUGGGUGUCAACAUGUCAACUUGGCCGUGGCUACCACCACAUGUUUGUAAACAAAAUAUAACUUAAUAACCAAAUCCAAAAUAAUGCCAAGUUUAGUAAUCAGUCGUCAUGACCACAAACCCUAGAUCCCAUUUUUCUGUUUACUAAACAUACGUACACUGGAUUUUUGUUUCGUUUCUUUAAAAUCAAAACAAGAAGUUACACGAAGAUGCUUUCGAUGAUAUAUAGUUGAUCUGGCCAUCACAAAAGUUGUAAAAGGAGAAAAAUCAAAUCAGAUAACUUCAAAUGUCGACAACAGUUGGUUUGAUAGUAAGUAUGAUACUUCCAAAAAAAUAUGAGUAGCCCCAACUAAACGGUGGUUGAAAUGUCUAAACUUCUACGAUGUUUUUUUAUUUAUCCUUUUUAAUGCACUUUCGUAGAUUUGAUAGAAUCAUUAGCACAAACCAAUAAAUAAAAUAAUCGUCCUGAUUGCAGACGAUUAGAUAAUUAUAGUGUGUCACAUGUGUGGUUUCUAAACAUGAACCGCAUGAAAGUAAAGUCAAAAGUUGAGUAAAUACCGAUUCCUUUCACACUAACAACAAAUGAGAGAUCACUAUUGUACAGAAUGUUACCCUGCCUUACCAAAGGGGGAAUCUUUUCCCGACCCAAUGGGCAACCAAAAGAAAUAGCUAUUUUCUGUAGCUUUUAUGGGGGUAGAAGCCCAUGAAAAAAUAUAAACCUCUUUCAGUUCAGUCUUUCGGAUACUCUACAUUUUCCAUUAAUGAGUAGGUCCUUUGUUUUCCAACAAAAUAAACAGCCAUGGUUGAGGGUAAUGAGAAGCACAAAUUUAUCCUUUUUCCAAGUAGGGAACAAAAGUUACGUGAAAAAAGGAACGUGGCACAUUCGUUGUGCCACAGUUCACCCGGUAGUGGGUAUCAAAUGACUAAACGGGAAGUCACGUUCGUUGACACAUUGUUCUACUUUGGUCCUUCAGUCCUUCUCUCACUUUAACACCAAGUCAUCCUGAUUCCUGAUCAAGAAUUCAACAACUGUACCUAGAUGUCACUAGGUGGCCAUGUAAUUAUCAGAUCCACAUAUUUAAAAAAACCAUACAUUUUUAGUGGGUGAGGGGGAUUUUGAAGCAUGCACAAACAGUGUGACAUCAGACAUUAGUUUACUUCUACAAUUGGAAAAUUUUUAAAGAGUUCAAGCGCGGAACAAUUCCUCGCUUGCGGGAGCCACCACGAGCGAGCGGCUAAUAACACUACGGGUGAUGAACCAUCAAUCUUAUUAAUUGCUUGUUUCUUUACCAUCUUUCACACACAACUAGAAAAAUCUGAUUAUUAAUGGGCUUUCUACGUUAGAUACAUUGUAAGAGCAUUUUUAUCGCUGAUAAAAGAUGGGGUUCUUAAAAAUUUUACGACCUGGGCCCCACAAAAAGCAUAAGACUCGGCUCUUUCGUGUGCAAAUUUUUUUUUGAUUUUUGUUAUGUUUGCAGGCUCUACUGAUACGUGGUUAUCCGCGAUUGAUUAGUGAUAUAUGGUGUUUUAUACAUCUUGUAUAUAUGCUUUUAAAUUGGUUUUCAAGUCUUUAUCGAGUCUUCUUAGUCCUUUUCGAGUCAUUACAGGUCUGGAGUUGCAUUGGAUGGGAGAUGAACCAGCUGGAACAAAAGAGGCAGAAAACAGUGCAAUUUGGUGGUUUUCACGCAGAACAGUCUUGAUGACUGUUCCGGAUAGCGGAGCAACCCGAGUGAUUGUUCCGAGUGAGUGUUCCAGCGGCAGAGAUUUUUAAGGAAACUACAAUCAUUACGGGAUUUGCCCUAAUUAUCCCUAUUUUCUCUCCCAGUCGCCUGUGGCUUUGAUAUAUCAUAUUUUCUGUUUCUCUUUAUCAUUCUACGCUAUUCUAGACAGAAGAAAACCAUUGGAGACUUUAGAAUUUGAGGAUUUGCUUAUUGUAAAGGGAGAAGGCUCCAUCUCUCUCGUCAUAGAGAAGAUUAUCCUGAACCCUAUUCUUAUUCUAUUGAAUUGCAUGAUGUUUUAUUCA